AUAUCCGGGAGUGCGCUUGUCUACGCACGAUGACAGACGGGUUUCUAUCGUUGUUGCUUGAUGGAAGAAACGUGCUUAUUAUCUUGAUUGUUGCUCCUCUUAUGCUCUCUUUUAUUGGAUUCUACAUGUUGUCAAGACAAAAUGGACUACCUCGCGACGUUGCUGUUUUGUCGCAACUGUAUGUCUUUCCGGUGAAAUCAUGCAGUGGAAUCAAGCUGAACACAACGGAAUGCACAGUGAGGGGACUAAAAUAUGACAGGUGCUGGGUUAUUGUGGAUAGUGAAGGAAAGAUGUUUAGUCUUAAAAGAAAGCCAUCAUUAGCUCUUGUCACACAAGAAAUAGAAAUUGAUGAUGAAGGCGAGGCUACAGUUACAUUGAAAGCUCCAAACAUGCCUGUGCUAACACUGACAAGUCGAGUUCAUCUCAAACAUCAAGAAGCAACACAGUUAACGAUUUGGAGAAUACAAGGUGAGGGAAUUGAUUGUGGUGCUGAAGCUGCUGAGUGGUUUAGCUCUUACCUUGGAACUCCUGGAUCAAAAGUUUACUUCACUUGUCCCGAGAAUUGCCAGCCAAGAAGGCUAACUACGGAUCCAAAAUAUGGCCAUCUUGCUAAGCCAAAGGAUGAAGUUGGAUUUGCUGACUUUGCUCCUGUGCUAGUAGCAUCAGAGGCAUCUCUAGAUGAUCUGAAUUCACGCCUUGAUAAUCCAGUCUCUAUUUGUAACUUUCGAGCAAAUAUCAUUGUUAGUGGUUCUACUCUGAAACCAUUUGAAGAAGAUACGUGGAAAUGCUUCAAGAUUGGAAAUGUGGUUUUGAGACAACUCAAGGAGUGUGACAGAUGUGUAGUGACAACUGUCAAUCCUAACACAGGAGAGAAGAACAACUUGGAACCACUGAAAACAUUGAGAAAAUAUCGUUCAGAUCCUCGAUAUGGUGCUUCUCCAAUGUUUGGACUUUAUGCUGCUGUUGACGUUGGUGGCAAGCUUACUGUUGGAAACAAGGUAAUCGUCACUGAAGUACUUGGAUUUAGAUUUCUCUUUUACGUGUAUGAAUUGCAAUUGCAACGUUUUUGUCGAGGCUUGCGCCAUCUCAGUAUGGUUGACUGGUUGCAUGUUUUCUCUGGCAUUCUUAACUUGGAGCAAUCGUGCUAUGGACUUGUCAUAGUCUUGGCUGUGUAUGUAGCUAUACUGCUGGCACGUAUUAGGAAUAAGAAAGGUCACCGUCGAGAGGUAGGAGUAGUCAGCGAGAUGUACCUCUAUCCAGUUAAAUCGUGCAAGGGCAUACCAAUAGCGAGUGGAGAAUGUACAUCUAGAGGUCUCAGAUACGACAGAUGUUGGAUUGUGAUGGAUGGAGAAGGUCAGUUCUUGACACAAAAGAGGCAGCCUGAAAUGGCAUGUGUAGCUCAGGAACUGGAGAUAGAUAAGUACGGUCAGGUUGCUGUUACACUGACAGCACCUAACAUGCCUCCACUAAAGUUGACAAAUCACUUUUCUGAUGCAGUUGAGAAAACACCAAUCAAAGUGUAUCGCAUGUUUGGUGAAGGAAUUGAUUGUGGUUCUGAGGCGUCUGAGUGGUUCAGCAAGUACCUUGAAUUGCCUGGAUGUCGAGUAUAUUACAUGACAAAAUAUUGCCAACCAAGACAACUGACAACUGACUCUAAAUAUGGUCAUGUAGCUCAACAACAGGACGAGGUGGCCUUUGCAAAUUUUGCUCCAUACUUGCUUACAUCUGAGGCUUCUUUAGCAGACCUCAACUCGAGAUUAGAUAAACCACUUAGUAUUCGCAACUUCAGACCAAAUAUUGUUAUCAGAGGUCCCAAUGCUUUUGAAGAGGACAAUUGGAGCAAUUUCGCAAUUGGAGCUGCUCAUUUCAGAAAGCUCAAGGAAUGUGGUAGGUGUGCCUUGACUACGUUGGAUCCUGACACAGGGGAGAAACUUGGAGAAGAACCUUUGAAGACAUUGAGAAGCUAUCGCUCUGAUGAACGAUAUGGAACUGCUCCCAAAUUUGGACUUCAUGCUACGAUAGACAAGGGUGGUGCAGUUUUUAUAGGAGAGCGAGUGUUUGUCUAUGAUGAAUUUAGCAUGGUCGACUGGUUGAACGUUUUCUCCGGCGUUGUUAACCUGGAACAGUCAUCUUAUGGGGUUGUCGUGGCUUUGGCUUUGUUUAUAGCCGUGCUGCUGGCACGUAGAGGCACUAAAACUGUUCGUUGUCGAGAAGUAGGAGUAGUCAGCAAGAUGUAUCUCUAUCCAGUUAAAUCCUGCAAGGGCAUACCAAUAACGAGUGGAGAAUGUACAUCUAGAGGUCUUAGAUACGACAGAUGCUGGGUCGUGGUGGAUGCAGAAGGACAGUUCUUGACACAGAAGAAGCAGCCUAGAAUGGCACGUGUAGCUCAGGAGCUGGAGAUAGACCACCAUGGUCAGGCUCUGCUCACACUGACAGCACCUGACAUGCCUGAACUAAAGCUGACAAAUUAUGUUCCUGAUCAUAUUGAGAAGUCACAAGUCAAAGUUUAUCGCAUGUUUGGUGAAGGAAUUGAUUGCGGUUCUGAGGCAUCUGAGUGGUUUAGCAAGUACCUGGAAUUGCCAGGAUGUCGAGUGUAUCACAUGACAGAAUAUUGCAAGUCGAGACAACUGACAACUGACUCUAAAUAUGGUCAUGUAGCUCAACAACAGGAUGAGGUGGCCUUUGCAGAUUUUGCACCAUACUUGCUUACAUCUGAGGCUUCUCUGGCAGACCUCAACUCGAGAUUAGAUAAACCACUUAGUAUUCGCAGCUUCAGGCCAAAUAUUGUUAUCAGAGGUCCCAGCGCUUUUAAAGAGGACAAUUGGAACAAGUUCACAGUUGGAGCUGCUCUCUUCAGAAAGUUGAAGGAAUGUGGGAGAUGCAUUUUGACAACAUUGGAUCCUGACACAGGGGAGAAACUUGGAGAAGAACCUCUGAAGACAUUGAGAAGUUACCGGUCUGAUGAACGAUAUGGAACUGCUCCUAAAUUUGGACUUCAUGCCACGGUGGACAAGAUUGGGACUGUUACUGUAGGAGAUCGGGUGUUUGUCCAUGAUGAAUGAUAAAUGUUGUCAGCUGAGGCAUGCAACU